UAGAAUAGGUAGUGUAGUCUUCUAGUCUAGUUUGAUUGUAGCGUUCAUUUCUCGCUUAUCGUGCGCUAUAGCCGUAACAAAUAAUUAAACGAAAUAUUUAUUUCGAUAUAAAUUAUGACACACAAACAGACGUGUUUACUCCUUCUAGUGCUCAGAUAUGAUUCACCAAAAAUAAUCAAAAUGUAAAGCCCAUGUUACUAAUAUAAGUGUGUCUGGAAGGGUGAAUGGGAUUUCGAAUCUCAUACAGUGUAAAUCUUUGCGGUUUAUGAGUUAAUCUCGAGUCGUUUGGUUAGUAGUAUAAACAAGAACUAUGCAACAAUGUGGGUUUUGCUCAAUGUUGUCUGGACUGUUACGGAGAGCUAUGUGCAUCGGCAGCAGACGAGGUAGCAGCGAGUCCUACUACAGGGAGCUCGGCGAUCAAGACACAUUGAAAAUUGAAGAUAAAUCGUCGGAAAUAUCGGAUGAAUCCGAAGAAAUAAUUCAAGAAAUCCCGCGAAGAAUAAACUCUAAGGACUAUUCGGAAGAGCUUGAAAACAUGCCCAAAAAACAUGUUAAUACAGGGAGGUUUCUGACAAUGCACAAACGACGCAAGAAAAGACUUUUGACAAGAUCAUUGUGUCAUGAAGCAGCUUUGCUAGAUGAUUUACACCCCGGACAAGUUCAACGCAUCCUCGACCAGUCGGUGCUGUGGCAGUUCAACGCCUUUACGCUAGAAAACGUCUCGGGGGGUCGUUGUCUGCCGGUACUCUGUGUUCAUCUAUUCCACAUCUAUGGCCUGAUAUCAUAUUUCAAGCUCGACGCAGCGAAGGCUUGGAAAUUAUUCAGCUUAAUCGAAGAAGGCUACCACAGUACAAACCCUUACCACAAUUCGGUACACGCUGCUGAUGUCACGCAGGCCAUGCAUUGCUUUCUACAGCAGAAACAAAUCCGAGAUUAUCUGGAGCCCCUAGAAGUGAUGGCGUCCCUGCUGGCAGCGAUCGCGCACGACAUGGACCACCCGGGGGUCAACCAGCCCUUCCUUAUAGCCACUUCCAAUCAUCUUGCCACGUUGUAUAGAAACACGUCAGUUUUGGAAAAUCACCAUUGGCGGUCUGCCGUAAGUUGCCUGAACGAGAGCGGGCUGCUGGACCAGACGUGCGACAUACGAGCCGCGCUGGAGCGCCAAAUCAGUUCGCUUAUCCUCGCCACGGACAUCACGCGCCAGCAAGAAUACCUAAGCCAGUUCAAGGGCUACCUCGACACGAACAGCCUCGACAUGUCGCAGAAGGAGCACCGGCACCUGGUGCUGCAGAUCGCGCUCAAGUGCGCUGACAUCUCCAACCCGUGCCGGCCGUGGCACAUCAGCCGCAAGUGGAGCCACAAGGUGUGCGAGGAGUUCUUCCGCCAGGGCGACUACGAACGCAAGCUCAACCUGCCCGUCACGGCGCUGUGCGACCGGCACACCACCUCCAUACCCAAGAUUCAAACAGGUUUCUUCAAAUACGUUGUGACUCCUCUGAUAACCGAAUGGCACCGCUUUUUGAAAAAUGAACUGUCGGAUGAGAUGUUAAAAAAUUUAUUGUACAACCAAAACAAGUGGGACAUGCUCGUGGCGCAAGAAAUAGCGGAGGAGACUGGGACGGAGAUGUCGGACGCGGACGCGGCGGACGACGACCUCGACACCUGCUCCGGCACCAACCUGUCCGCCAGCUCCGAGCUACUGCUGCCGCUGCGCCGCAGCUCGCUCAACCCCGUCAAGUCCCAAGGCUUGAAAGAACAACUCAGGCGGUUCUCUGUUCCGUUGAAUGUAUUCCAAGACUCCAAAUUCAAGAAUAGAGACAGAAGUCGAACUCCUUCACUGGCUGAAUCUCGAAUGCGCACCAACGGCAGCCCAUUAAGUAGUGAACAUUCUCUGCAUUCACAACUCAGCGUUCGUGGACAUUGCGAGCACGGCAAGCCCACUGAAAAAAUGUUGAGCACCGAGAAAUUACUUCCGGAUUCUUCGAUAGCUUCUAUCACUACUCCGGUUCAAGCGACCCGUUUGAAUAUCGUGCUCAAAGACGGCGGCAGUUGCAAGCUCAUCCGGCAACAGACAUUCCCGCCGCUCGAGACCGUGGCGCGCGCGCACGCCCUCGCCGUCAGGCCGCUCCACACGAGCAACGAAGACGCCAUCUACCCGUCCCGGUACAUCAAGACUGAUACCAGCCAAAAGUUCGACAUGAGUAAAAAGGAGGGCAGAUUUAGCAAUAUAUUCAAAGGAUAUGAUACUGAUAAGACUGAUAACGAUGACGCUUCUGAAAAUAAUAACUUAGACACUACGGAUUGUUCACGUAAUAUAGAGAAAGAGAAUCGAGACCCGUCGAUACGCAGCACGAGCGGCUCGCGCGGCAGCCAGUUGCGGGACAACCUGGCGGGCGUGCCACUCGCGCGCGCAGCCGACCAGCUGGCGCGUCGCCGCAAGUCCAUGCCCACCGACAUCAUCACAUACACUCCGAAAGAGAAAAAGAUGCGCGAAGUGACCACGAUUCCAGAAUUUUUAAAGAAGACUCUAGCUGGUAAAGAUUGUUGGACGCGACGGCGAGGCUCGGCGCCCGUGCCAGUGGCGUCGUCGGAGCUGCGCGGGCUGGCCGCGCUAGGCGCGCUGCGGCACAGCAUCAACGGCGGUCGCCGCAAGCCGGGCCCCGUCGGCACGUGCCAGCAGUGGCUGGCCAAGGCCACGCUCGGCGUGCACGACAGGAAGAUACCGCACCUAUCGCGGAGAAGUUCGCUGCCCGUUGAGAUGUUUCGCCCUACUGAAGCUUUGUAACUAUCGGAAUUCAAAUGAAAAUCAUGUGAUUGGUUUAUGCUGAAAAUAUUGAUAUGUAAGACUACCGCAAGAUCGUGGUGUUGGCUGUUUAACCUCAGAAAGCAAUGUUUGUCUCUUGAGUGGACAUUGUAUGCUGUAAAUGCAUUAGGAAUGGUAAUUAGAAUAAAACACUUUACUUAGGAUUUGCAGCCGUGCGAAUGAAAUGGUUAGAUAUACAAUUAUGGGAUCGAAUGCGUUUUUAUAUGCAUCGUAUUACUCUUAUGGUACGAUGUCUUUUAAUAUAGCCUCAUUGCGUAUUUUUUAAACAAAGUGUCGUUUGGUAUGUUCAUAUGUGGCCAGCUUUUACACGCAACAUCAAUAUCACAAUAAUUUUAAACAGUAUUGCAGUCAUGUAUAGAUUUAUUUAUAUAACGUUUUGUUAAACGAAUAUUAAUAAAAUGAAUAUCAUUCUUUUCUGCUCAUUUGGAGUCUGAAACUUUAAGAGACAGCCAUUUCUGGUUGAUUUAUUUGUUUUGAUGAUCGUAUUUGAGUGUGCGCCUGACGGCUCAUGCAUAAUAAUCCAUUGUAUA